GCUGGGGCGGCAGGGCUUGAACUGCUACAUGUACGCGCCCAAGGACGAGCUGAAGCACCGGCUGCUCUGGAGAGAGCCCUACACGGAGCAUGAGGCAGCCCACAUGCGUUCUCUUAUGGAGGCUGCCCAAGGGCAGGGUGUGCAGUUUGUGUUCGCCAUCUCUGCUGGCCAGGACAUGGUGUUCUCAAGCGCUGGGGAUCGGCUCCUGCUGCAGCAAAAACUCAGGCAGGUGGCUGCCAUGGGGUGCCAGGCCUUUGCGCUGCUCUUCGACGACAUCGACCCCUGCAUGUGCCAAGCUGACAGAGACGCCUUCCCCUCCCUGGCGCAGGCUCAGGCCUCUGUGGCCAACGAGGUGUACCAGGAGCUGGGCCAGCCCCCCGUCUUCCUCUUCUGCCCCACAGAGUACUGCAGCUCUCUGUGCUCUCCCAGCCCCAGCCGGUCCUGCUACCUGCUGACCAUCGGCCGGGAGCUGCUCCCAGGGAUCGGUGUCAUCUGGACUGGGCCCAAGGUGGUCUCCCAGGAGCUCUCGGCCGCGCUGCUGGAGGAGGUGGAGGCUGUGCUGCGGCGCCGGCCCCUCAUCUGGGACAACCUGUACGCCAACGACUACGACUGCAGGCGCCUCUUCCUGGGCCCCUACACGGGACGUGCCCCUGGCCUCAUGGCCAGGCUCCACGGGCUGCUCCUCAACCCCAACUGCGAGCUCCAGGCCAACUUCAUCCCCAUACACACGCUGGGCAGCUGGUUUCGGAGCGAGCUGGGGAGCUGUGCCCACCCUGACCACGCAGGGACAGAGCCUGCAGCAGCACAGGGGGACAGCCAAGGCCGGCAGGAUGGAAGCUACAGCCCCCAGGAAGCCUUGGAACUGGCGCUGCGUGACUGGGUGGCUGAGAUAAACCGGCAAGCCUUGGAGCCAGGAGCGAGGAGCCCGGGACACGCCAGCGUCAGCCUCAAGGGAGGAGCGGAGCUGGAGCCUGGCGCAGCGGAACGGGGCAUCGAGCCUGGCCGGGGGGUCCCGCCUGGCCCCCGGCCCCACGGCGCGGCCCCCGGAGGGACGGAGCCGCCCAGCCCCGAGCCCUGCGGCGCGGCGCCAGGGGACAGCGGGAGGAAGGUGACCCCGGAGCCCGAGCGGGGCAGCGGGAGCAGGGCCCGUGCCGGUGGCCAGCAGAGCCCUGCCGGGUGCCGGGAGCAGCUCUCUGCGGGGGGCGCAGGGAGCCCAGAGCCCGCCUCUGCCGUGCCCAGCGCGGCUCGGACUCCCCAGCGCACGGGAGCGCCGGCGGCUGCCGAGGCCCCGCGCAGCCCAGGGCCCGCCGUGUGCCGCAGCGAUGGGACCAGCGCUGCCCAGAGCCUUCUGCCCACCGGUGGUGCCAGGACGGGGGCUGGCAGCUCCCACCAGCCCUGCAGCAGCACCCGGCCUGAGCCCAGUAGGGCUGAUACCCCCCAGACACUGCCAGGGCCUGGGGCCGGUGACAGCUCUGUCCCCACAGCACUGCCCAUUGAUGGGGCUGGUGCCAGCCCUGGCCCCACAGCACCAGUGACCCCAGAGGAGCCCAGGUCCAGACCCAUCCCCACGGCACCAUUGACCCCAGAGGAGCCCAGGUCCAGCCCCACAGCACCAUUGACCCCAGAGGAGCCCAGGCCCAUCCCCAUGGUACCAUUGACCCCAGAGGAGCCCAGGUCCAGCCCCACAGCACCACUGACCCCAGAGGAGCCCAGGUCCAUCCCCACAGCACCAGUGACCCCAGAGGAGCCCAGGUCCAUCCCCACAGCACCACUGACCCCAGAGGAGCCCAGGUCCAUCCCCACAGCACCAGUGACCCCAGAGGAGCCCAGGUCCAGCCCCACAACACCACUGACCCCAGAGGAGCCCAGGUCCAUCCCCAUGGUACCAGUGACCCCAGAGGAGCCCAGGUCCAGCCCCACAGCACCAUUGACCCCAGAGGAGCCCAGGUCCAGCCCCACAGCACCACUGACCCCAGAGGAGCCCAGUUCCAGCCCCACGGCACCGCUGACUCUGGGGGAGGUUCGGAUGCUGGUGGAGCUCUUCUACCUGCCCUAUCACCACGGGCCGCUGGCGCAGCGCCUGCUGGAGCACUUCCGGUGGCUCCGGGCAAACAGCCUCAGCGUGGGGGUCUCUGCGGCGGCGCCCGAUGCCGGUGCGGCCCGGUGCUGGCGUGGCCGAGCGCAGUCCUUCACGCGGCUCUGCGCCCAGACCUGCCGCCUGCACGCCCGCCUGGUGGGCGCUGCGGGGCGGGCGCUGCUCUAUGACCUGCACCCCUACCUCUGGGACAUCCGCAACGUGCUGCUGGCCGCCAGCGCCUUCGUCCAGUGGCUCGAUGGCCACCUCCUGUGCGAGCCAGGCCCCACGGGCGCCUGGGGGAGCUGCUUUGGCUGGUGCCAGAGCAUCACAGCCCCGAUCCUGCUGUGGGGAGAUGCUGAGCCCUGGGCAUGGCGCGGCGGCCUCUUUGGAGAGCUGCAGGCGCUGCUGCCCGUGGGGAACAGCUCGGACCUCUUCCAUCAGCCACCUCCGCUCUUCCCAUCCCGCCAGCUCCACGUCCUGCGCCCGCUGCGGCCCCGGGACAAGGGAGAGCUUUACCGCAUGUGCCGGGAGAGUCUGGACUGUGACCCCGAAGUCACCGAGAUCCUUGUGGCCCACCCCGACCUGCUUGGGGACAGGCUGCUGGGCAGCUUCCUGAGCCUGAGCCCCGAGUACACCUUUGUGCUGGAGGAUGAGGCUGGGCCCUGUGGCUACGCUGCCGGCGUGCUCUGCGCUGAAGGCUUCCUGCAGCAGCGAGACAGCGGCUGGCUGCCGGCCAUGCGACACAAGUACCCCCGGGACCUGGCCACAGGAGCCCCGGCGCUGGGCAGGGAUGCCCUGGAGGAAGCGCUGCUCUUCUUCCACACAGAGCCAGCGGCAGUGCCCCUGCCUGUGCUGCGCCGGUUCCCCUCCCUGGUGCAGCUGGGCACAGCCGCCCGCACGCUGGACGCGGGGGCCAGCCACAGCCUGGCCCUCUGCCUGCUCAGCGCGCUCAGGGCCAAUGGGUCGCGGGGAGUGUUCUGCCAGGUCAGUGCCACCGACCAGCAGCAGCUGAGCUUCUACAGCAAGCUGGGCUUCGUCGCCCUGCCAGUGGCCUGGGACGGUUGUCCCAGUGCUCGGCUCCUGGGACGCCUCCUCUGAGCACUCUGCAUUGGGUGCGGGUGUGGGGAGGCAGUGCCAGAGACAGGCUGGUACCUGUCCCGCACACAGGGAGCAGGAGCAGGGGGGCACCUUGACCAGAGCAGGUACAUGUGAUGGGGACAUGGCUUGGGGAGGAGCAGGAACUCACAGGGAUGCAUGUAGGGGACAGUCCUGGGGCGACAGAGGCAUUUCUGCUAUCUCAGGAGAGAGGCAUCAGGGCCCCUCCACUCUGCCCCCGACUGUUCCAGCUUGCUGAGUGCCCUCCACCUCUGCUGGGGAGCCAGCAACAUCCCUGGGCUGGCUGCAGACCUCCAGGCCUGGAAGAAGCCACCUGGCCAGCGUUUAGGGUGGUGGUCUGGGAGCGUGGCACAGAGCAUUAGUGUGCGGGGAGCGUCCCUGUCCCGCAGGCUGGGCUGUCCAGAUCACUCCAUCCCUGGUGUGGCCCUAAGAUGGGCAGCUGGGGCUGGGGCUGGCCCUCGGCAUGGAGCAUCUUCCUGCCUGUAUGUUCCUGACCUGUAUGGGAUGCAGUGAGGCAGCCUCCAUCUCUGCCGCCUGGGCACUGAGGGAAGUGCUGUCCAUGGCAGUAAAGCAUUUGCUGGUCUCUCA